CGGAGGGCAUAAUUUUUCUCCUUCCUUUUCCGCCUCCCAUGUGGGGAGCCAGAAUCUUUGGUACAUUAAUAAGGCGCGCGAGUAACUUGCGGGUCUCAAGCCCCACGACGACGAUGUCGGGAGUCGGGACUCGCUUUGUUUCUUAUUAUUGGCCAAAAAUAGGCUAUACAAUGCUUGGUGCCUGACCGCGGCUUGUUUUGCUCAGGCAGCUUCUUUGAUACCUGUUCUCACAUUAUUCCAACCCAGGUACCUGUAAAGAGUGCAAGAUUUGAUCAAACACCAAGGGUAAAAUCCACACCUAUACCUUCUACUGCUACCAGUGCGAUGGAUGCACAAAGUAUAGGAUGUUCAACGUGCCCAUUUUGUCCGUUCUUUGAUCUAAGCAGUGGUUUUGUUCUCCAGCAUGUCCAAUACUGUCACCCUGAAAAUGAAUCACGGUUAGAACCAACCAAGUCAUCACCUCAAGUCAUAGAAUCAAUGAGCUUUUCAGGUCAUGCGGAUGGGAGUGAUGGCCAAUUACCAGGUUCUCUAUAUCAUGCUGAUAACACGGCAAAUCUGGAAGAAUCUGUCCGUACUAUCGCUCAAUAUACACACCCGCCACAACCUCAUGUCAACAGUGAGGACUUUAGAAAUAAAUCUACAAGUUCCCACACUUCACGGAAUGAUCAGAUGGAGCCUUCGUCACGAAUUAACUCGAAAAGAGUGCUCAAUAGAAGUACCGAAAGACUCGGCCUUUCAGAGCUAGGACCUUAUGCGCAUGAAAAGAAGAUGCCUUCUUGGCUCCUCCGAAUGCUAAACAAGGGCAACCCCACAACUCAAGUAAAUAGGAUCUCACCGGACGGCAAGCUCUCGAGGCAUUCGAUCAUCGAGAAUGAAACGCCUAAUGUUGUACCGGUACUCGCUCGCCUAUGCAAACAAGACAAGUCUGUGCAGCGUGUGUUUUUGUGCAGCACCCAUGUCCACCACAUUUCGAAGACGCCAAGAGAAGGAAGCUUUUGCGGAUAUAGGAAUAUCCAAAUGCUGGUGUCAUAUAUGCAAGAAACUCGCGACCGUGGAAACGACUACUUUCCAGGGGCCUUGCCCACAAUUUUGCAACUACAGGAUAUGAUAGAGCGAGCAUGGGAUAUGGGCUAUAACAGUGUGGGAAGGGCUGAGACUGGAGGUAUCAAGGGGACCAGAAAAUACAUCGGCACCUCCGAGGCACAAGCUCUUUUUCUCAGCCUUGGAAUCCAAUGCGAAGCAAGCAGCAUCGGAAAGACCGAGGAAAUGCCGGCUCAUACCGCUCUACUAUCGCACAUUGCCGCCUAUUUUAAAAGCGCAUCUCCCUUGAAUGAGGUAGAAAAGGUCGUUCUGACGGACCUCCCUCCUGUUUAUUUUCAACACCAUGGACAUUCUAUGACCAUUGUUGGUUUUGAGGCUCGGGAUCAAGGAAACGCAAAUAUUCUAGUAUUCGACCCGACUUUCCAGGCACCCUCCGUGAUCAAGCAUGCCACCACUACAAACAUAAAGAAACUUGACCCGACUCGUAUCCUGAAAGGAUACAGAAAAGGCAUAAAUUAUUUGAGGAAAUAUCAAGCUUUUGAGCUCCUCAAGCUAUACCCUCCUGGUAUCCCACCAGAAAGUUAACCUAUUGUUGAACAAAGGGCCCGGUACGUUUAUUUAGCGGCGGGCCUGUCAUAG